GUAUAUUUGAAACAAAAGCUAGCCAAAUGUAGGGUUUCCAUAAUAUUAAGUAUGCCAAUAUGAUGACAGUGAAACAGAAAUUAUAAAAAUAAAUUGUUAGAUCAGCUAUUCGAUACCUGUAAAGGAAGAAAGUCCGUAUUUUUUGAAGCCAUACCUUCAACUAGUAUCGCAGUAGCAAAAGAGAAGAAGGAUACCGUACUUAAUUUAUAAUGAAUAUAUCAUAAACAACAAUGCACCCUCAAGAACGCAAGCCAGCACAAUGGUUGAUGAUACGUCAAAUCUAAAAAUAAUAUGGUAUCCUAGAACUUUGGAAAUUCUGGAUCCAAACAAUCAUCCGAAUUAUUUCCAUAACUAUUGACCAACUUGAAACAUGCCCAGCAAAUAUUUAUUUCAGGAAAUCAAAUGAUAAAUCAAUGCCUAACGUUGCUAAAUAUCAAACUUAAAAAAAAAGCAUGCACACAUGUAGUAGUUUUUUAAUCUGGUCUUUAAUGAUAUAAGACAAUAACAGCGUAUAUACAGUUUCGCACGAGAAAUAUUGCAUGUUAACAAGAAAACACAUAAGUCACAACAAUUUAUGGAUCUUUAUGGGAAAUUCGUUCAGAUCGAUUGCACUUAGGUUACUAAAACCUUCCAGCAUUGUGAAUGCUCUCUAGGAAUGAUAACAUGGGCUGGAGCCAUUCUCUGAAAACCGCUUGUCGCUAUCGAUUCAAAACGCAAUGCGUCUAAUGACAAAGCGAAUUCUGUUGUGCGAUAUGCAAGACUGCUAGAGGCGCCAUUUUGUUUUCAUGCGGAUGACUCAUGGUUUAUCGAUUAGCGAAGAACUUUUCCGGGUGACACUGACAGUCUCGCUGAAAGCGAAUUUGUUUAUUGUUGUAGAACCCUUCGCGAUCGUAAAUGAAAAGAUGAGAUUAACAUAUUCUUAAAUUUAAAAGUUUAUUUUAAGACAAUUAAAUGUGUUCAGUGAUGGAGAUGUUAUAUGUAGUUUUCCUGGGAGUAGUUUGUGCCGUUUUUGGUUCCUCGCCUCCUGUGUAUAUCUCCAAUGGGACGCAUAUUGUAAGCUACAGCCGGGGACCAGAAAUAUUCGCCAUUUUGGGUCAAAAAGACUUUCGGAUCGUGGGUUUGGCGGUGGACAUCAAGGCGGGGCUGUUGUUCUGGUCGGACCUCAGUGCCGACUACCGGGGCAUCUACAGGGCGGGGAUCCAGGGGAAGGACCGGAAGAGGAUAGUAGAACAUGUGGGAGAGGUGACCAGUCUCACAGUGGACUGGGUGUCGCGUCACGUGUACUGGACGGAUGUGGAGCGGCGGACGGUGGAGGUGGCCGGAUAUGACGGAAACUUCCGGCGGGUCAUCGUCAACACGGAGCUGGACACCCCGAGGGGAAUUGUAGCAGCUCCUUUGUUUGGGUUUCUGUUCUGGGCGGACCAGCGUAACAAGCGGAUAGAGCGAGCCUGGCUUGACGGCUCUCACAGACGGACGAUCGUCAAGUCCGCGGACUUCUGGCCAAACCAGCUUGCCGUAGAAAACAAGAAACAACGGCUUUACUGGGUGGAUGCGAACAAGCACGCCGUCUACUCGUGCACGCUCGGCGGGAAGCAGGUCCGAGAGGAAGUGAACUACGAGAAAAUUGCCAAGGGUGCGCCGGGGUUCGGCCUCGUUGUGUUCGGCAACACGGCGCUCGUGACCACGUGGUUCACGACGGGUCUGUACGCGCUGCUGCUCGGCUCCCGGCAGUUGAUCUGGCAGGAGGAGGCGACCGGACUGGGCACGCGGGACCUGUACAACAUGGUCAGCCUGAACCCCUCCACUCAGCCGAUGACGUUCCAUCCCUGCAUGGAGCAGACUAGGGCCGGCUGUUCCCAUCUGUGUCUGCCCACCAACAAGGAUAACUUCGUAUGCGCAUGCCCAACAUACGGGGGACUGACGUUACAACCAGACGAUAAAACCUGCUCAGUUCCAGAACAUAUUCUGCUCUGUGCGCUGGAGAGCCCAAGUCGCGGGGUGGGCUUUCUGUCCCUGGACUCGCCCGAGGGCUUCCAGCUGACCAUGAUUGGCUCCUCCCCCAAGCCCGCCGCGGUCGCCUAUGACCCGGUCAAUCAGAUCGUUUACUGGAGUGACGUCACAGAGAGCGCCAUCUACCGCCAGGAAAUCACGGGGACCGACAAGGCAAUGUUCCUAGAUCAGACGAGCGGUAUCGGGAAAGUAACCAGCAUGCAGUACGUACCGGAAGUGGCCGGUCUGUUCUUCACGAACACACUGGCGGACUCUUACACCACGCUAGAGGUGGUAGAACUACUCAAGUCCGGGUUUAACCGAAAGACGCUUGUCCGAAACCUCGGCAAGUUCGCGGACAUCCAAGUUGACAUGGACAAUCGGUUCAUGUACAUCCUGUACAAGCAAGACGAGGUUUCCGUUCUGGCGCGAACGGAUCUGAACGGCGACCACCGGGCGCUGUAUCCAUUGACUGACCUUCAACCCACAGGCAUGACCAUGUUCAACGGGUCGGUGAUCGUGUCUGCCGUCAGGGCCGCGGGGCAGGGUCACGGUCAAGGUCACGGAACUCUCCUGGAGACGAUAGACAUGCGCACUAUGACGGCGGUGUCCACCGAGAUUGAAAAUAAGGUCCUUCAUGACGUCACGCGCCGUGAUCAGGCGCUGUACGUCACAAGUCUCGUAAGCGACGAGAUUCUCUACAUCAACAGUUCAAAACCCGCCCUACUGUACAGCGGCGUAGAGGCGGUUGACAUGCUGUACACGAGGACCGCAACCAAUGUCACAGCUCAACAAGACGCGUGCGAGGAGUUUGGCUGCAGGUGCGAGCCGGGAGUCAGCACGAGGCUUCCGUGCAGAUGUGGCACGGAUAGAUUCACGGACCGCAACUCUUGUUCGAUAAUUCCAGAAAACGUGUUGUUUUUUGCUGACGUGAACACUAUCAACGUCGUCCAGCUUGAGAAGGGAAUGCCGGAUACCCCUGUCGUCAUCUACCAUGGUGACGUCACCAGUGACAUAGACUCUAUGACGUACGACGGCAUCACACGCCUCUACUGGAUUGACCGAUCUGUAAAUUCUAUAUAUAUUACAUAUUUGCACAAGAUCGAUCCAGUCCUUGUGUACAGAGAUGAGGGCCGCAUCUCAAGCCUCGUUCUAGAUCCAGACCAGAACCGGAUGUACUGGGUGCUUGUCAUGGGAGACAACUACUUCAUAGCCAGUCUCAACCUUAACAAGGGACUAAAUUCUUACAAGCGUGUUUUUCAAACACCGAAUCCGAUCAAAGCACUGUCCAUUCAACCAAACGGAAAGUGGCUGUAUUUUUCGGAAGAACGCGACGGAAAUGGCGUUAUUUGCACGUGUAAAACAAGUGGACGCGGCUAUAAGGAUGUCAUAACGGUCCGGCAGAGGGUCCCAACCAGUCUUGUUGUAACAAGCGACACUCUCUUUGCUGGUUACAGUUCCGGUGGAUAUAACGUGUACAAUCUUAAAGACAACACAGUAGAAGGAGUAUUCGUCACUUCCAUGCCCGUUAACGAUCUCUUUGUCAUAGACGACAUAGUCGUCUUCUCGUCGGCCAACGAAGGCACCGUUGCCAUGCACACAGUUGAAAACAACCAGUUCAAGGUCAUCGUAUCUGACCUUCGAAGUCCAGGUGCGAUUGUGUUACACCAUCCGACCAACAUUCGAGAGGCAUGUAACCAGAGAGGCGUUUCCUGCUCAGACAUAUGUGUGCCCAUGUUCAGGGGAGAGUACAUUUGCAGCUGCUAUGACGACCGUGUACCGGUGGGGGACGGAACGUCAUGUCAAGACGACAAUACCAAGAUACUCAAAACGGUUCCAAGAGAGUUUACAACUUCCAAGAUUCCACAGACGUCGUCUUCAACGGUUGUCCCACUUUUGGCAAACCGCACAGCAACAACAGCGCAAAACGUUCGCACAGAACAGAACGAAGCAAAAGUGAAUAAGACAGAAUCUAUUCCUGUGGAAGCUACUACCCAUGGGCACCAGCCCAUGACAUCGGAGCACACUGUUUCUUCACAGAGCCAUUCGAAGACAGAUUCGACGACGGGUCAUAGCGGAGAGCCUAAGCCUACCCAGUCUACAAAGACCUUUGAGACAGAGGUGGAACACACGACAGUUAAAGAUGAAACGGAACCGGACAAGUCUACGGAUGGUAAUUUGGUUAAUAACACGCUGCGUUACGAGACAACUACACAUUUGAAGCCCAAUGUCACCACUGAAGAACGUAUGGGUCAUGACGGAUUUAUUUCGCCUGAUUACGACGACGAUGUACGUAUGGAACCUAUAGACCCGCCGUAUUUUGAGAACUGUCCGCAAAACGACACCAUCCUGAUCGAUGUCCCGCGCUCCGAUCCAAAUAUUCACGUACCUAUAAAACCAAGAGGUUUCUCCGGUAGUAGCCCACUUCCGUUGCAUUCCAACUAUGAGCUCACGUACGACGGCGUUAUCGUUCACUGGAUGGGCGAGGGCGUCUACAGCCGCCAUCAUGUGAUCUUCAAGGUCACAGACACCUUCAGACAGACCGCUGAGUGCAGCUUCACAGUCGUCUUGCAAGAUGUAGAUCCGCCCAUUUUUACACUGUGUCCAGAGACAAUUAAAGAACGGACGGAAAAUGUCUCCGCUGUUGUGGACUGGAUCAAACCGGAAGUGGUCGACAAUACGGGCAUUAAAUUGGUGUCUAGUUCAAACAGCCCUGGUUCCAGGUUUGAGUCGGGAGAACAUGUUGUAAACUACACGGCCGUCGAUUAUGCCGGGAACAAGGCAACCUGCUUGUUCAGCGUGUAUGUCCUUCAUGAUACCGUGUGUCAAGUGGGUGCUAUAGAACAUGGCGGAAUCGUUUGCAGCUUUGACAAUGGACCUCCGAGCGCUUGCAAGGUCGUCUGUGACAAGGGGUACGGCGUCAACCCGAUCAGAGUCUACAAACGCCUGCAUAACUGCCAGGUGCCCGAGGACAUUGAACGCUUGAAGCGAGCCAUGAUGACGCAAAGCCCGUGUUUAAAACACAGCUAUCCUUCCGUGCUAAGUCAACAAUACAGGAUGAAGUUCGACGGUCCCGUCAGCAAACACAAGCACGAGAUCAGAGCCAAUCUGAACGUCGCUAUAUCCAACCAUCUUGAGCGUAAGGACACGUGCCAGGGUCAUGUCUGCAAAAUGGAAAACCUUUUACUGCAAUGUGUCGUCGACGAUGACGUCAUUCUGGGAUCCAAUGUCACGUGCUUGGACGAGGAAGACAGGACGGAGUUCUUCAUCAGUUUCAAUAUAACUCUCAGAAACGACACCGACAAGGGUACAAACAUCAACGAGUUACAAAAGCAUGUACAUCUCGAGCUGAUAGGCCUAGCGCCGCUCUUAACAAUACAACUCGGGGAGCACGUGUUCGCCCCUCACUCGGACAGCCUGGCUCGCUCCGAAUCCACGUGGCUGUGUCCACCGGGCACCGUUGCAGAAGAGUCCAUAUGUAUUUCCUGUCCACCUGGCACCUUCCACAACGUCACUUCCGGUGAGUGUGAGUUCUGCACUUCUGGUACGUACCAAGUGUCAAGUGGACAAAUCCAUUGCGCCACGUGCCAGCCCGGAACUUCGUCACCAGAAGGCGCCACGUCGAGCCAACAAUGUCAUUCGUUACCGUCGAUGGACGAGAUGACGCUGUUCAUAAUCGUGACCACGUGUUCGUUCGGGGUGGUAUUCCUCUGCAUGGCGGUGACCCUCUACCUGCAGUUUCAGCGGCAGCAGAAGCGCAACCAGCAGACGAACAGUCUCAAGAAGCCGCGCUAUAACACGCCCCAUGGCAACAUGUACGUGGCUCCGCCCCCAAUCCUCAAGUCGAAACUGGACGAGAAUUUCACACCGGGCGAGAAGACGUACAGCAUUGACAGAAAGCACCCGAUAAACAUUUUCUCCAAUCACGACUAUGACGAUCUCGCGCAGUACAAAAGCGGAUCAUCUUUCCAGAACGAUGUCCUCAGCAUGCUACCCGGCCAAAGAUACGAUUAUUCUCCGGGCGAAGAGGUUUUCACCGGGACGCUCUCCCGUGAUAACACGUUCUCAAACCCAACCUAUUCCCCGCUGGGGUUCAACAAAGGGGAACGCGGGUCAUUUCAGCGCAGCACCCACACGCCCUCUCCCGGGCCACAGCGCAAGAUGUCGCACGAGAGCUCUUUCUCCAACCAAUCACCGCGUAUGAUGCGAGCGAUAAGAACGCCCACGAGCGACACGCCCCUUAUAACUCAGUCGCCGCUAUUGCGCAUGAAGUUAGCGGCGUAUAAUUUAAAUCACGAGGAUUAAAAAGCAACAAAAUUAAUAUCAAAACAGGACAACCAUUCCUAUUACUACGAAAAGCCGAUCCGGACACAAGUUAACCAUUGUGAAGUGAAAAGUAUUGCGCUAUUAAUUAUUAGAAGUCCGAAAUAUUAUAGUAAAAUACAACUGUUCUCUUUAAAUACAUUGUACAAUGUACAUGGUCACAUCGGUACUCGUGGUUUACAUAUUUUAUUGUAUUAACUGUGUGAAGCAUCAACAUAUUGAAAUCAGUGUCCGCUAAAUAAGAACUACUAUUCGUUAUGAUGAUGUUUUUCUACUCUUGUAACAACACAUCCGUUUUAAUUGAAUGUUACUACCCUUUUAUGAAUACUCGCUGUCUCGAUCACGCUUAAAAUAAGUUAUUGAGCAUUUCAACAAACAGGUAUGCCACAGUGUUUAAUAACACUGCAUUCGUGAGACAUUAUAAAAAUGAAAAUGACUUGAAAUGACCUGUAAGAAAAUAACACAAGUACAAUUAAGAAUUAUUAUUUUAUGCUUAUUAUUUUAUCCUCGAGAUCAUUUCAUAUGAUCACUCGUUAAUUAAAAUCGAUAUUCUACCAAAUCCAACAAAUAUCCUCUAUAAAAUUCUCGAAAUUAUGGAAAUCUAAAAUAAUGAAUGAAUUGUAAGGAUUGUAUUGCAAGUGCGAUUUUGCAACUUCCGGUGAAAGAAAGCGGAUGAAAUCAAGGUGAAUUCAGAUGAAUAUUCUAGUCUAGAUUUUGAUAAAUCCCAAUAGUUUUAGACAUGUCAAUGUCGUGGUAAUGGUAGACGAGUGCGCUUUUGAUACGUACUGAUUGCCACAUGAAAGUAGCCACAGACCUGACAUAUAUAAUGACUUAUAUUGUAUGAAUGCUUUUUGCCAUUAUUUAUAGAACAAUGAUAUGUGUUGUAUUUAUCUGUGUGAAUGUAUGUUUGCAUUUAAAUUUGUGUUGAUUUAAAUCAUGGUCAAAAGUGCUUCAUUUGUGUCGUAUGCAGUGAUUUUUCAUAAAUGUAAAUUUUCCUUUUGCAAGUAGAAUCUAGACAUGAGAGGUUGUGGUUUUGGGAAAAUGCGACACAUUUUGUGUACAGGGUAAUUGCAACAUCUACUCAUACUUACUGGCAUAUUAUACUCAAAGAAGGGUCAGUGUUAUGAGCCUUAUAAACAACUCACAUAUAUUUCUGGUCAGCGUAAGUUAAAAAAAAAUCAUAUGUAAUAUUCCUUUAUGUUCUAUGUUAUUUUGUUAUGUAGCAUUUCAAACUUAGUACCCUUUCAUCUUUAAAUGGGUGUUUUGUUGACAAUUUAAUGAAGGAAAAACCUUUCUUUAACUGUUUCUAAGGGAGAUUAUGUAAUACUUACCUAAACCAUUAUAAAAUAUAAAUGUCAUUCAUUAAUAUUGUUCAAAUAUAUAUGUAAUAGUUUGCCAUUUUUUUGAAUUAUUGCAAUAACUUCAAGUGAAUUAAUAGAUAACAUAUUAUUUUUUAGUACGUACAUUUUUGUUAAUUGCUUAUUUUCGUUCAUUCCUUUUUUUGGUACAUCACGUCAUCGGAAUUGAUAAGGAAGUUAUUAUAACAUUUAACUGUAUAGUUCAUUUAUUUGUUUCCCUUGUAUGUUCGUAUGCAUGUCUCAAAAAAUAUAUACUUGUGUUUUGUUACUGAAGACCACAUUGUAAAAAAUAAAUUAUUUCUUAAUGUGAAUUCUUCAUGAAAUAAAGUUAUUAUUAUUAUUAUUAUUAUCAUUAUACUAAAACGGUAUAUCGUACUGACGUACAUUGUAAAGUGACUCUGCUAAAAUGUGUGUCUCUGCCUUUUACACAUUUCUAGUACAUGCAGUUUGAUGUGUUUUGAACGGUUUGUAAUGGUUAACAUUCUUUGUAACACUCGUUUGUCUGAUGCGUGUGUGUAUUGAUUCAUAUUGUAAAAGUUAAAGGUUUUGUGUGAAGUGUUGUUGCUUGUUACAUAUAGCGUUCUAAUUAAUAUCAGAGGCAUAGUGCAAUAUAUAUACUUAGUAUAUACAUUACCGCCUAUCUUAUGGCGUGAUAUCUAAUCGAGUGUUAUCUAGUCACGUGGGUAAGAGUGUAUUUUUCCAAAUUUUACAGGAAGUGCAUACAUAUGUGAGAUUGUAUAAUUAAAGCAAUCAUACAAUUUACCAUAUUUUCAUUCUUUCAUAUUUUAAUAUUGGCACGAACUGUUCAAUGUCUGCAUAUGAUGCGUUUAAAUUUAUUCCAUAUACAUGACUGCCACCUUAGCUUUUUUCAGAUACAAGUAUUAAUAUACGAGACAUCCCUAAUUUUGGCAAUAAAUUGAUCCAAUUUAGAAGGCUGGGAGAGUCCACUAGGCAUAAAUGGGUUAAGCACCCUUUGUACCUUGUGUGAUCCUAGAACUUUCCUUUUUAUCAUACUUCAUUAUUUGUUGUGACACCGCAAGUUUUAUCGCUUAUAAACAGUGUUAAACGGUUUCAUGUUUUUGUAGCAAUUAUGCUUGCAUAGGUACGGCGCUUUCGUAAUAUAUUUAAAUGUGUCAUAUUCAAAUGUACGAUGUUUCUAAUAGUACAUGUAUGUGUAAUAUGUUUAUAAUUAUUGUAAAGAUUUGUACAAAUAAAACGUUUGGAAUAA